AUGCCCCAGGAUAUGCCGCCCACCGGGGGCUACGAGCCCGUCCAGUACCGCCGCAACCUGCCGGCGCGCGGCUUCCGGCCAUCGGUGUACGUGGCGGGCAUUGGGCUGCUGAUGACGUACGGCUUCUACAAGCUGGGCAAGGGCAUCAGGGAGCACAACGAGCUCGCCCGCGAGAAAAUGUGGUCGCGCAUCCACCUGAUCCCGUUGCUGACGGCCGAGGAGGACCGCGAUCUCGUGCGCAGGCAUCUCGCUAACCAGGCCCGCGAGAAGGAGCUGCUUGGCAGCGAGACCAAGGUCUACAACAGCGACAGGUUCGUGCGCCCGACGUUUGCCAUCACCCCCAGGGAGGUGUCGGACUAG